AUGCGCCGGAGAACUAUCGAGGCGUUCAACUUCACAUGGCCCAGGCUGAUUACAGAUCGGUUCGCCGAUGGCGACCCGCGCAACAACGACCUUUACCAAGAAGGCUUCGACGUUCGAGACAUGACGUACAGGCACGGCGGAGACUUCUUGGGCCUGACACAGAAGCUGCCCUACAUCAAGGGCUUGGGCUGCCAAGCGAUUUGGAUCUCGCCCAUCUUCCAGAAUGGUUUCAACUCGUACCACCAGUACUCGCAGACCGACUUCACGCUGCUCGAUCGGCGCCUGGGAACUCUGGAGGAGCUACGACAGCUGGCAGACGAAGCGCACCGGCUGGGCAUGUACGUGAUAGUGGACGUGGUGAUGAACCACAUGGGCAACGAGUUCUUCUUUGAGGGCCAUCAAGGUGGCCAGGCCCCCUUUCGCCUCCACGAGGAGGGUGGCCGCGAGUAUCAUUUGAGGCCUAGGAGGUCCAACUCGGAUCUCCACUGGACGCCUGCGGGGCGCCAGCCGUACAUGGACUUCUGGUACAACAACACCUGGGAUGCUGACGCCUCGUAUCCAGGCACGCUCUACGGCCAGCAUGGCGAGCCUGCUGUGGACCGAGGUCGUGGGACCUACAGCAGCAGUGACUUCCACCACAACGGGGAUUUGCAGGACUACUAUGACCCCUUCCAGAUUCAUUUCGGCAAGUUGUACGGAACCAUGGACGAUCUCCGUUUGGAGCAUGCCCGUGUACAGCGGAAGUACAUCGCCAUGAGCAAAGCAUUGAUCUCCAGCUGCGACGUGGACGGCUUCCGCGUAGACACCCCCAUGCAAGUUCCACUGAGCUUCUACAAGGCCUGGGCGCCUGCGGUGCGUUCGCACGCCAAGUCCCUGGGCAAAGAAAGCUUCGGCUUGUUCGGCGAGUUCUACGUGACACCCGAGCGCUACGCCACAAUGACAGGGCGAGGACGAGAUCACACCAUGUAUGGCACAGAGCGCUUCAUCGACGGCCCGGCAACGAUGAAGGGCGGCAUCGUCUAUUCGUACUACUGGUACAUGUUCACCGCCUUCGUGUACGACCAGCCCAAGUACGCGGAUGGCUUCGCCCUGGCCUACGCCGAAGAGCGGAGCAUGAUCGACGUGUUUGAGCCGGCCAGUGGGCGGCAUGAGUAUUCCAUGUGGAACUUCUGCAACAACCACGACAACUGGCGCCUGCAGAGCAUGACCAGCACUCGGCACCUGCGUGUCUGCCUGGUGAUCAUCACAUUCUGGCCGGGGCUGCCCCUGCACUACGCUGGCGAUGAACAGCUUCUCAUCGGUCUGCGGAUUCGGUUCUUGUCCUAUGGGUUUUGGCGCACAGAGGAGAAAGACGAGACUCCGAUGCUUGAACUUCUCGGGCGCCAGGCCAUACCCUGGCGGUCCGCCGACGUGGCUACCUUGUCCUUUGCCAUCGGACGUGGUAACCUAGUCCUUUAUGAACUCUGGGAUUUCCAAUACCUUUAG